AUGCCGGACACAGAUGCCGUGACGUCAACGGUAACGAAUCAACUACCACCGCGAGCAACAAGUCAACGUUGGCCUAGAAAAUGGGCAACACUUGGUGGACGUGGUUCAGCGUCAACAGUUCCUCCAAUAAAUCUUGAUGAUCCACAAUUUCGAGAAAAAACUAAUGGUCAUCAUGUAAAUGGUAAUGGUAAUGGUAAUCAUCAUCGACAUUCAACAUCAUUAUUUCGUAAAUCAUCAACAAUAAGUCGAACAAAUGGUACAACAAAUAAUAAUUCCGAUCUAAAUAAUGAAACUCCAUCAUUAAAAAAAUCUCGUUCAUUAAUAAAUGUUCUACGUUCAAAACUUAAUUCUCCAGCUGUUCUUCGUCGUUUUCGUACAAAAUCACGUGAAAAUUCAAAACCAGUUAUAACUGAAAUCAAUGGUGAUCAUACAAAUGAUCAAGAUAAAAUAUCAUCUCGAACAGAUGAUGACAAUAAAAAGAAUCGAAAACGUGAUCCAUCACCCAUGAAACGUUUGACAAGUCGUCUUGCACACUUAACACGUAGUUCAACACAUACAUCUAUUGAAACUGAACAACAACAACAACAACAAUCAGCACGACAUUCACCUUCACCACCAACAACUCAUAAUAAAGAUCAAGUUGAUCAUAUAAAUGCAUGUUAUGAUGAAAUACGCGCAAAAUAUUUUGAUAAUAAUAAUAAUAAUGCUAAUACAACGAAAUCAAAUACAAUUGGAAUUUUAUCUCAACAUCCAUGUGCACCAUUACCAACUGAACGUUUAAAAGAAAUGUUAUCAACAACAACAACAUCAUCUGUUGAUUAUUAUGAUCGUCCAAAUUUAACAAAUGGUGAUAUACAUAAUCGUUCAUUAAGUACAAUAUCAAUGAAUGGUUCAUUACUUAGUCAUGAUUUUUUAAAUAAUUCACAACCAUAUGUUCAAAUAUCACCACCGAAAACAGCUGAUGAUCCAUUACUUCAAGCAACAAAACAAUCGAAUAUAAAAUUAAAUUGUAUGUUAAGUGGUUAUGGUUUUACAACACCAUUUGGUAAUCAUGAAAAGAUCGUGGGUCAACAUGAUUUAUUUAAAUUUCAUCAUUAUCAUGAUGUUGGAAAACGAAAAUUUGAUUUUAAUUUUACUAGUAAUAAUAAUAGAAUGUAUUCAAGUUUAAGAACAAGACCAAUGAGUAGAAGUAUUGAUAGUUUUAGACGUGCUACAACAACUAUUGUUGAUAAUGAAGUUUUACCACCAAAUUCAUCAGUUGAAACCGAUAAUCAUCUACUUACAACGAAUGGUGUUGCUUCAUCCAAUAUAUCUAGUGACAAUGAACUUGUCAUACGUGAAGACGGUGAUAUUGUAGAAUCCGAACAAAUUCCAUAUACAUCAAAAGUUCAUGUUACACCUGCUGCAUCACUUCAUGUGAAAACAUUUGUUUCGUCGACAUCACCUGUACGUGAUGAAAUACCAAAUUUAUCAAAUGGAAAAGUAUCUGAAGAACGUGAUGAAGAAUUUGAAAAGAAUUUUUUACGUGCAGUUGAUCGAGCACUUGGCGUUGCUAAUAAAGAUAAAGAUCAAAAUCAAAAUCAUUUAUUACAACCAAUUUAUGAUAUACCAAAGAAAACCGAUGAAUCCGAUAUGAAUCUUAUGGAAAUAACUGAACGAGCACUUUCAACAUUUAAUAAUAUUAAAAUUUUUACAGAUGAAGAGCAGAAAAGUGAACAAACGGAUGAUGAACAUCGAAUUGAUGGUGCUGAAUCACCAAAUGUUGAAUUAUUUGAUCGUACUGGUGAACUUUUUGAAAGUGAAAAUAUAACUUGGCAAUCAUCUGCUGUUUAUGAUCAUCAAACAUCGAAUGGAAAUAAUCAUGAACGAGAUACUUCAAAUGUUGUUGAUAAUGAUGAUGAUGAUGAAAAUAGUUCGAUUGAUGAUAAUGUAUGGUUAAUUGUUGAUGAUUUAACACAAAAAACUCAAGAAUCAUUAUUAAACGAGCCACAGAUGUCGAGAUCAGUCGUAACAAGGAAUGGCCGAGCAUUUUUGGCCAAAUUGGAUGAUGAAGAAAAGGUGAUUAAAUCAAAAGCAGACGCCUACAGUAAACUUCUUCAAUCUGAUGAUAAUCGUUUAACAGAUGAUGUUCGUUGUGAUAUAAAUGCUGUUAUUGGCGAAGUUAAUUUAUUAUUAAGAGGUAAACUUAAACAAUUUCGUGGUUUAUGUCAAGCAAAUGUUUCAAAAUCAACAACAUCUGCUGGUGAACCAACACCACUUGAUAGUGAUCUUGAAGGUUUUUGGGAUAUAACAUAUCCAUUGAUUGACAAGGUUAAGGCGAAAUUUUCCAAACUCGAUACACGUAAAGCGAAACAAUGGGUUCCAAUGGAAGAUGAAUACGAUCCUAAUGAUGUGAACAAUCGUCCUCGUAUAAUCGAUGAUCGUCUUAAACAACUUCAACCUCAUCAAAAUAAAUCGAAAAUACCCAUUACAAAAACAGCAAAUGAUGAUUUGAAAAAAUUAAUUCAAGAAAGACGAAAAGCAGCUGCAAAUGCAGCAAAUCAAAAUGAUGAUAUAGAAAUCUUCGUUGCACAUAAAUAA